AUGGGGGAAUAGACAUCCGGGUACUUCCGUCAGGUCAACAAACUUGUAAACAGAAGGAAAAUGCUUUUUGAUUUGAGAUUAAAGCCAGUGUUAUAUCGCUACACAUACAGCACAAAUAAACAGAAGCUAAUCAUGUAAGUAAGUAGCCUUAGAAGAAACCCUAUUAGCUCUAGAGAUCACCGUACAAUGUAGAUGGCUUCCAGUGGUAAACAUUUGUUAGCUGAUUGGGAAAUUUUCUGUCCAAUUGGUCCAAGUCUUGCCUUCCAUGUUGGAGCCUGUAUUGGUCAAUUUCUGUACGUCCAUGGAGGUCGAAUAGACAGAAACAGCAUAGAGGCUUCUAAUAAGCUACACUGCUUGAACUUUGAUACCAUGAUCUGGAAUGAAGUCCGAGUACCAGGGAGUCCUGCUUUAAGUCAUCAUGCAUGUGUUACCAUCGGAGAUAGAUAUCUGCUCCUGAUUGGUGGUUGGGAUGGGAAAGCAAGAACAUCGAAAGUCUUUGUAUUUGACACUUUAGAAUGCAAGUGGUUAUAUCCAUCAGCUGAGGGGUUUCCAUCUGAUGCAGGGUUGAGUUCACAUACUGCAACACUGUUAAAUAAUGGUAAAGUUCUAAUCCUUGGUCGUGAAGGUCCGUUACGCAUGCAACCAGAUGACAAAAUCCAUGGUAAUGCUUACAUGUUGACUGGAAGUAUAGAAUCUGGAAAAUUUGCCUACUCAGAAUACAGCCGGGCCACAGAAUCUAGGUCAGGUCACACAACAAAUUUCAUUGGUCCAAGAUUAUACGUACUUGGGGGUCGAAAUGAUCAACUUUUGGAAGUUCACAGUGGUUACAGAAGUGGGUCACCUGAUAAUGAAAAAGUAACAGAAUCAUUUAAAAAAAUCAUCAGAAGGCUUAAACCUAUGGAGAAAAUGCCUGGUGGACGCAAGCAUCACAUUGCCUUAGAAUCAUCUGGUGCAAUACUCAUUCAUGGAGGGGAAACAUUUGAUGGGAGAAGUAAAAUUGGAAAACCAGUUGGGGAUAUGUUCAUCAUGACAGACAAACCAAGUAUCAAUUUUUACAAAAUUGGUGAGAGUAAAGUUGGGCGUUCAGGCCAUAUUUGUUGUGUUACCAAGGAUGAAAAUAUUCUGAUACAUGGUGGCUUUGGUCAUAAAAUCAUUCAUGGUGAUACUAGAUGGUUAGACUUUAAAGUAUAGAUACUUACAGUGAAAUAUAUGUAGAUCAUAUCAAAAGUUUUUAUAAACAUACAUGUACAAACUAGAUUUUGCAACUUAUUUUAUAAUUGUAUUUGAAAGUUUAUUUAGUUCUGGUACAAAAUGUAAACCCAGGGUACUAGAAUUUUUAAACUGUAAAUAAGAACUUGAACAUGUUGAAUAAUGUAAUAGUUAUGACAGUGUAUGAGUAUUCAUCAUCUUCAAUUUUUUGCUAGAUAUUAAAUACUGUAAAUUCAGAAAUUAUUGCAUGCAUUUAUUAUUGCGAUUUUGCCAUUUUAAACUAAAAUGCGAUUUUAAUUUUUGCGAUAUAUUGAGAAAAAUCUUGUUUAAUUCAUAUAAAAUAUUUCAAAAUGUGAGUUUAAAUUAUUGCGAUUAUAAUCCUGUCGCAAUAAUAAAAACAUCGCAAUAAUUUCUGAGUUUACAGUAAACUUAAAAUAAAUAAAAAAAACUACCAACAAAGCAUUGAAAGAUGCAGAAUCAUCUCAGAUUUAUUUGAUUAUUUGGUCAUAAUUUCAUCUUCAGUUGUUUUUUGCUUUACCUGAACACCAUUUUCAAAAUGAUGACAUCAAAUGUUUAUUACGACCUAUUAGAGCUAAUCUUUUUAUUUUAUCUUAUACUGUGAUAUAUAUAAAAACUCAGGGUACAUAUGAUCUGGAAAUAUCUGUGAUAUACAAAUAUGUAGGACUCGGAGGAGGGAUGGGGACACUGAAGUGUGAUGGCUUCUUCACUGGUAUGCAAUAGUCUAUAUUACGAGUGAUGGCUAGUUUAAAAUCUACAGAUUUUUUUAAUAGUUAUUAUAUAAAUUUGGAUUUCGUUAUUGUCUAUGUAUGUCCUUAGUUACACUUGCGUACUAAAUGAGAGAUUAUCUUCAUGUGAAUAUAAUUAUGCUUUAACAUUUUAUCUUUGCUUGGUUCCUCUCAUGAAUUCCUUGUUUGCCAUAUUAUAAUAUGGAGAGUCUGUCUGUGGACCUGUAUGUAUUUAGAAAAUUCCACGCUUCAUAGUACAUAAAAAAAGAACCUUUUGUUGAUUUUGAAAAAUAUCCUCUACAGAAGGUUAUCUUUCCAUGUCUUGAUCUACCUAUCUAUUAUCACUCCUCGUUUCUGUAGUAUUCAAAGUUUAUAUACCUCUCAUUAACUUAAAAACCUGAAAAACUGCUUCUAAAAAACAAAUUGACUUUUACAUCAACAUAAAAAGAAUUGAAAUUAUAGUUUAUAUAGUCCAUCGCUCUUCAGUGUUACCACUAUCUCACUUAGCAUAGCCAUCAACAAGAUAUUGUCACAAUGCCAACAUCGCACUUCAGCAUCAAACCAUCACACAUCAGCGUGACCAUCGGGGUUCAGAGUCCUACAUGUAUAUGUACAAUUAAUUUUUAUGUGUGUGUAACAAUUGUUUGUCUUUGUAACAGAUCAGGCCAAAAAUAUAUAUUUACUUGUUUCCUGUCUCCUGGCAUAAAAAAAUAAUAGGGUAGGCUUUAAAGAGUUUAAUUAGUCCCUGGUCAGAAGAAGAUAUCUGUUUACUGAGAGGCCCUGAAUUAUUUAUAGGGUGAGAUGUGAAUUUUGUGUGUAACUUUUUUAUCUCAUUUACACUUUGUUUAUAGUGUAUGUCCUCAUUUUUAAUACUAGUCAUUUUAAUGUGUUACCAAAGUUAACAAAGUUGGUGAAGUGAAGUUUUGUUCUUAGAUUUGAAGUGAUGUUUUGUAUUAAUGUUGCUGAGUCUUGUAUUGUUCAUCUUUUUUGUUUUAGUGUUAUUGUUUGAACAGUUUGUUUUAUAUACAUAUCAAGGAUACGAGUAAUCAUUGUUGAAUAUAUCCAUCAAAAAUAGUUUACAAAUGCAAAAACUAAGUUGGACCUCAUUGAAAAUAUUUUUUCUUCUAAUCAGAUAUUUUUUCUCAAAGUGAAUUAUGUUAAUCUUUUUAUUUAUGGAAUCAUUGAAAAAGUUAUUGUCGUUUUAUAAAAAACAGGAUAAUGCAAUCAUGUUUUUUUUUUAAGUUAAUUUAAAAAGUGAUAUAAAACAUAUUUUUUGAAGUUUGGAUUGGAGGUGGAGGUUGUACUAUUCAAACUGAUAUAGCAGUCAAACCUGUCUAUAAAGGUCUUCCUUUAGGGACGGACCCAUGGUCCGAUGAAAGGGGGCAUAAUUGUCCAAAAUGGUAGAAAUGUGUUUUUUUUUUUUUUUACAAUUUCAAGCAAAAAAAUUAAAUUUUUUCCGAUAAGAGAGGGCAUAUGCCCUCUACACCACCCCAACUCCCAAACCUGAAUCUGCCACUGCCAUUUGGACCAAAGGGAACCGAUCUUGUAACAGAUUUGAUUCUUGAAUUAAGGUUUAGAAUGCAUAGGCAUUACCACACUGGGACAAGUACAGGGCAAUAAGAUAGGUUUUCACUGAAAUGAGGUAACUUUUAUAGCAGGUUUGACUGUGCAUGUAUUUUCCGUAUAUAUUUACCUGUUUUGUAAGCUAAAAAUGAACCAGGAAACAUGAGAGAGUAUGGAUGCAUAGCUUUUGAAAAGAAAAGAGAAUCUUAUUGUUUGUGAUAUUUAUGGUCAUAUCAGAAUUAAUCAAUUAUUUAUUUUGAAAUGUGUUUUAUCAAAAAUAGACAAUCUUAUAUAUUUACUACGUAUUUUUUUACAAUCAAUAUUUUUUUGUACUUUUUCUCUUAAUUUUACCAAUAAAGUUUAUUUUCUAUGAC